CAUAUAACCUUCCAAAAGCUGAAAUUCCCGACCACCAUCCGACAAGUAAAUUUUUUGGAAAAGGGGUGUCUAUGGCGAAUGGAAAUCGUUGGGCGCAACAACGAAAGAUAGCAACACCAGCAUUUAAUCGAGCUCUUCGUCCUGAGAUGGUUGGAGAUUGUACCAAGGAUUUUAUAACCUUAUUAGACAAAUGGACCGAUACUCCAAUGAAUGUAUUUUUAUUAAUGCAACGCGUUACUAUUCAAAUUUUAGGAAAAUUAGCUUUCGCAUAUGAUAUGAAAGCAUUGGAUAACUGGGAAGAAGAACCAUACUUUUUAACAACAUAUCGCAAAAUUAUUCCUGGAAUUUUAGAAUCUGCUGCACAACAAGAUUAUAAAUGUAUUAAUAAAGAACUUAGAGAUGAUAUAGUUAUUUAUUUUGUUGCCGGACAUGAUACUUCUUCACUUUCAUUGAGCACUGUUUUUUAUUAUUUAGCAAAAUAUCCUGAUAUUCAAAAAAAAGCUAGAGAGGAAGCAAUUAAUGUUUUAGGAAGUUCUUCUAAAUUACCCACGUCAGAUAACCUUAGGGACUUAAAAUAUAUAACAGCGAUAAUUAUGGAAGCACUUCGUCUUUAUCCACCUGCAACAAUAAUAUUUUCUCGUUCACCUAUUAAACCAUUAAAUUUAUCAAGAAAUAUUACUAUACCAGAAGGAACAAAACUUACAGUAGGUCUAUGGCAAAUUCAAAGAAAUCCAGAUGUUUGGGAAAAUGUUGAUGAGUUUAUACCUGAAAGAUUUAUGAAUCCUGAUAAAGAAAUAAAAAGUAAUUGGGUUGCAUUUUCUAGCGGGCCCAGAAAUUGUAUUGGUCAAAAUUUUUCAAUGAUGGAACAAAAAAUUAUUAUUGCAAUGACAUUACUUAAUUUUGAAGUAAGCUUACCUCCGAAUAUGAAACGCCUUGAUAAAAUCUCAUUGACUUCAUCUUUCAUGCUAUAUCCUAAAGAAUUGAAUGUUGUAUUUUCAAAGUUGAAGUAG